UUUUCUGUUGUGCCAGUGAUUUUAUGACUACAAGUGUGCUCACUGCUUACAAAUACGCGCAUUUCUCAUCUCUUGAUAACUUUUAUUGGUUUAUGACAUGGGUAAGAGUCAGGCUCCAGCGCUGCUCUAAAUUCGCGUGCUGUGUUUCUCUGUCCUAAUUAGCAAAUAAAACAUUGACUUCAGCAUCCCCCCUCUCUCAGUACCAUGGAGGGGGAGAUGCUCAUUAAACAAGAGGAAAUCAAGGAAGAGGACAGUGAUCGUGAGAUACAGUUCAAUUCUGUUGAAUGUUCUGCCUAUUCCUCUUCCAGAAUUGAAACGGACUCAACGAUUCGGACAGGAUCGCCAUGUGGACUUGUCAUCUCAAACGUCACAUCACAUUGCAUGAGGCAUUUCAUAGAUAUGGGGUUGAAAGAGGUGAAUUGCGAUUCGUUCACCCAGUCGGCCUUGCCGAUAUCCACCAAUACAGAGCCAACACUGGAGGACAAUAUCAAGACUGAAACUAUGGUGUCUGCAGUUUCGUCUGCUCGCAAAGUGGACGCAGACUGGAGAAAUGGCAAUGCAUUGCCGAUAGCAAACGUAAAAGAAGAGAAUUGUGAGUUGUUAAUCCAGUCCCCACCUACCAAAUAUGAAGACGCUACUCUGGAGGCAGGCGUGAAGGCAGAGGAGCAGAACCUGGAAGCAGGCGACUGGGAUAACCAAGUUAAAUGUGAAACAGAUUGCCCCUCAGAGCAGAGCUUCUCAUCUGCAGACAUCAAAGGUGAAACUGAUUCCCCCUCAGAGCAGAGCUUCUCAUCUGCAGACAUCAAAGGUGAUCCUGACGCCCCUACAGAGCAGACCAUCUCCACGCCUGCAGUCAUGGAAGCUGAACUAGAGAAGGAACAGCAUGGAAAGUCAGGCACGGCUCCAGUCCAAAAAUCCAUUUGCGGCAGCAAGAAGCGCUAUUACUGUGGACAGUGUGGGAAGGGUUUUUCACAAGCAGGAAUGUUGAAGCUCCACCAGCGCCUUCACACGGGAGACAAGCCAUAUCACUGUACCACUUGUGGCAAAGGCUUCUCGUAUGCAAAAGGUCUGAGGUGUCACCAACUUGUUCACACAAGAGAGAAGCCCUACCAAUGUGGACAGUGUGGGAAACGCUUUUCAUGGUCACAAUAUCUCAAAACACACAAACGUGUUCACACUGGAGAGAGACCUUACCAUUGUAGACAGUGUGGGAAGAGUUUUUCGCAGGCAGGAAAUCUCAGAGUGCACCAACGGCUUCACUCAGGGAAAGGGUCCCACAAGUGUCAGCAAUGUGGAGAAAGUUUCUCGCAGGCAGAACAUCUCCAGGAACAUCACCAGCGCAUUCACCCCAUAGAGAAGCCCUUCAAGUGCACACAUUGUUGGAAAAGUUUUGCAAAGGCACAAUACCUCACUGUCCAUAAGCGCACUCACACAGGAGAGAAACCUUACCGUUGCACAGAUUGUGGGAAACAUUUCUCACAGUCAAUAAGUCUCAAGGUACACCAACGUGUUCAUACUGGAGAGAAGCCGUACAAAUGUGGACAGUGUGGGAAGAGUUUUUCAAGAGCAGGUAACCUCAGAGUUCACCAAGUGGUGCACACUCGAGAGCCAGUGCACGUUCAGUGCAAAAAGUGUGGCUUGCGCUUUUCAAAUGCAAGACAGCUAAAGCAGCACAGAGACGUUCACUUGGGAGAUGAUAACUACAAGUGUGAACAGUGUGGGAAAGGGUUUCCCCUGAAAGACCUUCUCCGAACGCACCAGUGCAUUCACACAGGAGAGAAGAAUCAUUGUGGCCAGCGAAGGAAGGACGUUUCAACGGCAGGAGAAACAAGCGCACGCCAGCCCAUUCACGCAGGAGGGAAGCCCUACAAAUGUGGAGAUUGUGGUGAAAGUUUUUUACUGGAAGGCUCCCUCUAUAGACACAGACGCAUUCAUCGCCGUGUAUAAAUGAUGUACUGUGAAAACUAC